AUGAGACAGAGAGCUGCAGCAGCGCUGCCACCACCGCCAGCACCACCCCCGACCCUCUCCCCAAUGUCGGGCCACACCCCCCCCCCCUCCACUCCCCCCCUCCCCUCCCCAAUGAACCCCCCUGCACCCCACCACACUACCCCACCACUACGCCCCACCGCCACCACCACCCCCGCCCCCAAACGCCCUCCCACCACCAACCCCCCCUCCAGCCACGGUGUGCGAGAGGCGGGGGGAGCUUUUUUGGAAGCCCAUCCCGGGAGGAGAAGAUCAGCAUUCUGGACUCCAAAGCGGGGCAUGAACGUGGGCAUUUUCCUCAAGCAGUUCAAGAAGUCCAAUCACUCCAUCGUUGAGGACAUUCGCCAGGGAGACGGCAAGCUGUACAGAGCUGAACUCCUCAAAGACCUGCUCAAACUCCUGCCUGAGUCUGAAGAGGUAAAGAAACUGAGGGCGUUCAAAGGGGACUCCAGCAAACUGACUCUGGCAGACUCCUUCAUGUACCUGUUGAUCCAGGUGCCUCGAUUUGAGGUGCGCAUCGAGGCCAUGGUCCUGCGCGAGGAGUUCUUUCCGUCCUGCGCCAUGAUGAGCCAUGAGAUCGAUGUCAUCCGCGUGGCCACCAAAGAGCUGAUGACCUGUGAGGAACUACACGCCAUCCUCCACCUGGUCCUGCAGGCUGGAAACAUCAUGAACGCUGGUGGCUACGCGGGCAACGCCGUGGGCUUCAAGCUGUCAUCGCUCCUCUCACUGGCCGACACCAAGGCCAACAAACCGGGCAUGAACCUGCUGCAUUUUGUGGCUUUGGAAGCACAGAAGAAGGACGAGAAGCUGCUGAAGUUCCCUGAGAAACUUCAGGACAUCCAGAGCGCUUCCAGAAUAUCAGUGGAAAACAUAGAGUUGGAGUUCUCGUCUCUCUACGUCAGGACCAGAUCCCUGGAAGAGAAGGUCCAGAGUGACCCGGAGCUCCUGGAGCAGCUGGAUCCUUUCCUACAGAGCUCCACAAGGACCCUCCAGGACCUGAAGAGGCGCAGGCUGGACCUGCGGAAGGAGGGCAAUGCGCUUAUUGACUUCUUCUGUGAAGACAAGGAUACCUUCAUGCUGGACGAGUGUUUCCGCAUCUUCCAGGACUUCUGUCUCAAGUUCAAAAAGGCUGUCAAGGAUAACCUGGAGCGGGAGCUGAAGGAAGCGGCCAGGCAGCGACGUCUCAGAGAGCUGGAGGAGAAGCGCUUUGCCUGGACUUCCGACAAGCAGCAGGCCGCCGGCGCCGGUAACGGCGGAUUCGGCCGCAGCAGCAGCGAGAACGACGUGGACAUGCUCACCAAGGAGGGCCUCCUGGACUUCCUCCAGCAGCGUCCUGCCAGCCCCCACAGCCCCCUGGGUCGUUCGGCCAGCGCCCGUCGCCACCGCCACACCGUGGCCGCCAUAGCCGACCGCGAGCUUCACGGCUAUCUGGAGCUGUUCGGCAGUGGCGCGGUGCUGCCAGCAGACUAUGCCAACAAGUUCAACAGCCUGCCGCGCUCCGGCCGCACCCUCCAACGGAGAACCGCCCCGUGGCUUGUGUCCCAGGACGACAACCGCGAGCUGGGGAACGGGCGGCAGAUGCUGGCCACGUCACACCAGGCCGAGACGGAGCCCAUCAGCCCCUUGGCCAGGUACUCUUCCACAGGCUUUAAUGCCAAUGAGGAACCGUAUAGCAAUAAUAACAACUACACGACCAUGUCCGAGGGAAGCUAUCUGCCUCGAUCGUGUCACAACCGUAACCUCUUUCAGAAGACGCCCACCCCCAGAGCGAGCGUCACGGCACACAUGAACGUCAGCGUGGAGAGGCACAUGCUAGUCUUGGGACUUCAACCGUUUGAACUCCCCAGUCCGAACAAUAACACGAAUCACAUGCACUUUGUCGACCAUGGAGACGUGGUGGUGGCGGACUUGGAGAGGGAACCUCCAAAGACACUCAUUUUGGAUACCCCUCUUCCUUGUCCAAAGAGUUUGGAAAUAGGGCCAGAGCCCGCGGCGUGGGAAGGUAAAAUGACGUCCUCUCAGUUUGUGGUGGGCUCGCUUCAGAAGGAGGAAGAGGAGGACAGCAGCACCGUCUCCUCAACCACCUGCGACACGCCUCUCCCUCUUGACCCCUCCGUAUCCAAUACGAAACCGGUGUUCUACAUCUUAGACUGCACAGAAACGGAUUGCUCCGUAGCGUUUGACUACUCUGAGAUCGAAAGCUCGCCUCUAAUGAGGGAAGGAUUGGUCCCUGACGUAAAAAACACUGACUGCAACAACAUCCAGGGGAACCUUCGAGACCCCAGCUUGCUAUCCUCCAACUCCAACUUUGAUUCCACAUCCACAAACGAUCACUCCUUCUCCGCCUCCACCAAUGAGCUGUCGGCAUCAAAGUCCACAGACGAACAUGCACCAUCCGUCAGCUCGUUCGUCACCACGGAAGAGGGGGACACAGAUAGCUGGGACACGGCGGAGGGUAGGCAGGUGGGCGAGAAAGCUGUACAGACAUAUAGCCCUAAACCAACACAAGCCAAGACAAAAGUUUCCAAAAACAGCGGAGUGGGUCGCGGCGUCAGGAUGUUGACCACCACUGAGAACCAGGGCAUGCGGAAGGUGGUGCCCAUCACCAAGCUCAGCCGGACUGGCAGCAACGCCAGGCGGGUGGAGAGAUCCGCCGGGGGCCUUGAGGGUGCAGAACCCAGGCAGCCGCUCCGCGACAAGAGCACCCCGGCCAGGGGGCGGAGCGAGAAGACAGGUAGGCCCGCCCGCCACUCCAGCUUGCCCCCAGAGGAGACCAAAUCCCAGGGGAGCGCUGGCCUCUCUGGCUGGAAACGUGACCUCAACCCGCGAAAGCCCUCCUUCCGCAAGCCCAGCGCCAAGCCGCUGAGGAACCUGCCCAAGCCACCGCCGGAGGAGAAGAUGUGCCGCUCCACCAUGAGAGCCCUGGCUGCCCAGGCUCAGGCCCAUGGUCAGGUUGGGGCACCCUCUGAGGCUAGCGCUCCCAAGACACCUACCCACAGCUCCAAAAACCCAUCAGCCACCCUGCCUGGCUGGGCCCGCAACACUGUGGCCUCCUCCUCUAGGACCACCAAGAAGGAACUUGCUCCCCCACUCUCCAACCCCGCGACCCCCUCCAGGAGCCCCUCUCUCCUGUCCCGGAGCAGCUCCCAGAGUCAAGCACCCGCUCGGCCUCCAGCCGCCGCCACAACCACACCUCCUACCAAAGGGGGGCAGCAUUCACCCAGGGGGGAGGAGAAGGCCCAAUUGGGUGGUCUGCAGAGGGUGCAGAGAGUCAGGGCGUCAAGCCGGGCGAGCACCCAGCGCAGCGACACCCCCCCACCGCCGCCCACCCACGAGCGCUCACGCAAGAACAGCAGCUUCUCUGAGAAAUCUGUCCAAUCCAGUACGUCAUGUAGGACCAUCAAGCCCACCUGGAAGUAGAACUCAAAUAUGGUGGAGCUCGAUUGGAGCCAGAGAGGAAGAAAUUUACUAUGGUUUUCCCCACAUACUGUAGACUGACAUUUUGUGUCCUCUUUCAUUAGCGACUCUAAGACAUCCCAACUCAUCCAUAUCAAGUCAUUGUACAGGGCUCCGUCAACACUUAUUAUAUGAACUGCAAAAAUAUAUAAUGCACUGUAUGUAGCCACUCUGUAGAUAAGAUUAUUUUUUCAUGAGCCCCCGUUUGUUUUUUAGCAUUCUUCACGGGGAGACAGAUCUGACAAAUGGCAAAAUCCCCCUUUUUUCAUAGGAGCUUUCUUUGCCUGCAUUGUGGUCUUAAACUGUAUGUAAUACUGUAAAAUGACAUGUCUAAAUAGAAGAAAAAUGAUCAUGCUUUUUUAAACAGCACAUUUUAAGAUGGUAUUUACUUAACUAUGUGGUAGUAACAAUGGAUAUUUUCUGGUACUCACCUCAAAGAAUUCAACACUAUUGGUAAUUUACUAUUACCAAAUGGUACAUAGAGGCACGUGUGUCAAUGAAUCUCGUAGAAACUGAAGUGUGAUUACUAUGCAAUUAUUAGAUAAUUACCAUUUUAACAAGUACUUUCUUGGUAACUACCUGGUAACAGUGACUGUAAAAUGAAGUGUUACUGAAAAACCACUACUGAACAUGUUUGAAUGCUGCUAAUUAGCUUUGACAAUUUGGGGACUGUGUUAGUGUCUUCAUUCAGGGUAUGAGCUUUGUGAGACGCUGCCUUGCUGCUGUUGUGAUUGUGACUUUGAUUUCUGUGGUUCUCUACUUUCCUUUGCACAGCCAUACUAUACAGUAGCCUGGAGUCUACACUGAAUAUCGCUCUGUUUUUCUAUUGCUUCACUAAUUUAGUCUGAGGCUGAUCCAAUAGGGAUCACUUGGAAUUGGCAAAAAAAAAGCUGGUCCAAUCAGUGUCCUCUCAGAUACUAUGGAUGGGACAAUAGUGAAAAUAACUAUUCAGGGCCUUAUUCACUAGAAACGAAACGGACUGAAAAAACUGACAGAAUUUUUCCGUUUGCAUUAAUGAAUACGACCCUGCUCUCAGUGUCAUUGUACUCCUCAGCAGUUGGCCACUGAGUUCCUUUCCUGCUCCACUGAAGUUAUACCUCGGUUAUACUUGACAUUGCGGAAAUAGUAAUAAAAAUAAGGCAUAAAAGAAAUGCCCAUAGGCCCUAUUCAAUCCAACCGGGUAUCCAGGUUUCCGAGGUUAAGUUAAAUAUACAUUAUUGUUGAUGUGCUGCAGUGUCUUGGACAAAAUAAUAUGUGCAGUCAGACAUUAGGAAACUGAACUAUAUUUGAAUUUAAUGUCAAUGAAGUUGUUGUUUUUCACUUGUUUUGGAAACCUGGUUGUCAGGGUUUGAUUGAAUCGGGUAUCCUAUUGUGUACUGUAUCAAGUACAUUAACUGUUACUAUUAGCAAGUACAGAAAGUUCUUGAGCCAUUAUCCUCUGUUUAUGAUACUCCAGUUAGUCCUUUGGUAUGAUUCCACUGUAAAGUUUUACCUUUACCUCUUAGAAUACAGUACAUGCCAAGGGUGUACUUUGUCAUGCAAUGUAUUUUCAUGUAGUUUUGACAUUUGUAUUUAUGUAUCAAUAACAAGCAAUGUUUCUAAAUGCUCUUGAUAAAACGCCUCCAUUCUAGCAUGGAGUAGAAGUGCACACAAUGGAAAUAUUUGUCCUGCUUUAUGCUAUAGCUAGACCAACGCUAAUGCUAUGAAGACCAGCAUUGAAGAUAUAGCUCUUCAGACUGAAGUAACACCCAACAUGGUGUUGUUUGUCUCUGCAUUUUGUCACAAUAAUCGUCUUUGUAAUCCUUGACUUUUCUACUGUGAAUGUUGUCAUCUCCUGAUUUUUGUACUACUUGACAUUAUGUAAUUGUGUUCCUUGACCGUAAAUGGUCGUGAUUCAAGUAAUACUGUAGAUUCUUCAGCCCUGCAAUUGCUCCUCACUAGACUGAUCCCAGCUCAGUUUGUGCUGUCUUGCCGACUCCUAUGGUCAUUGGCAAGCCAGCACAAAUAGAUCUGGAACCAGGCCAGCUUAUCACACCACUUGCCUUUCAAACAGCAUUGUGCCAUUGACUUAAACAACAACAACUAGAGUGCAUUAACUUAAAGCUUGAUGUAGCCGUCCCAUCAUCAGUAGUGUCUCCUGAAUUGUAAAUAAGAGUAGAAAUCCUCCCUACAUUCCAUUUCACCCACCGAAAUAGCUAUUAGACUGGAUACUACAAAUCACGGGCAUAGCCGAUUAGCCGUCCACUCUGUGUACAUAGUGUAAAGAUAUACUAUUUUUGAUUAUACGUAGAGCUCGCAAUAUGUUUACACGUAGGAAACUGUAUGUGAAGGUGAAAGGAUUCUGUUGACAAUAGCCAAUGGUUAACCAGACUAUUUCCUUUCUUGAAAUUGUCACAAUGAACAGCAUCGUUGUUCACAGAUGAUGCAUUGAGGCGCUCACUUCAACUUGUCUUGAAUCAACUAUGUCAAUCUGCUGUACUCUAAGUCUGAGGAUAUCUCAAGAAGCAUCUCUAUACAGUUGUUGUACAAUUUCUGUCUGCAACUCUCAGAGCACGCCUAAGAGAGUCCAUUUUAAAUCGAUCCUACAGGCCACAUCCCUGCAGUAGGCCAUGAUAUUUUUAUCUCCCUGCUCUCUACAAUGCAAAUGAAGUGAGGCGGUGAAUGGCACAAAAGACCCAGAGGCCAUACGUCACCCCAUACGGGGUGCGUCUCAAAUGGCACCCUAUUCCCUAUAUAGUGCACUACUUUUGACCAGGGCCCAUAGGGCUCUGAUCAAAAGUUGUGCACUAUAUAGGAAUAGGGUGCCAUUUGGGACGCUGGCCUAUGACAUGCUAAUGACUAAAGUGCGAGACACAAUGCUCCUCUCUCUCCCUCUCUUUUCCCAUCUACAGUCACAGUCAGACUGUAUGACAGAUCUCCGGUCCGCCAGACAUAACACAAUGUCUAGUCUUUUACAAGGAUGGCCCUUUACAAGAGCGACCUCCCACAUAUUAUCCCACAAUGCCUCAUGCUGCCGGGCUCAUUUUAAGAGGGGCAUGUCGACAAUGGGUGGUCUUGCGUCAGAGCCACUAAAGACGGUGGGACUUCAAUACGGAAUGUCUCCCCUUGCAUACCCCCCACCACUCUGCCGCCACUUCCUUGUUAUGGGAUGGUAACCAUGACAACCCGGUCCAGCAGCUCAGUCAGGACGCUGUGGGACAGAACACUAGCAGUAGUCCGUCUGACUAAUAGCCUUAGCCUUUCUAAACUUAGGCCCGACUCCUAAUCAUGACAGAGCAGGCGCCUGGCAACCCAAAACGGUGUUGAAACAUUUGUCCAAUGUUGCCCAACCCAAACCGAAUGGUGGCGAUUAGAUUUUCCCUUUGAUUGACUGAUGUUGGUGGUUUUUCAAGCCAACGUGAGAAGUUGCAAGCACACAAUACAGUGACUUCAUCCACAGUAGGCUACAGUUCAUGUUCAACUUCAAAUGUUGACCUUAAAUGACAGUGUGCGCUAUUGGCAUGGAUUCCAUAGGACCUAGGUGGUGGUGCUUGUGUGUUAGAACUGAAAUCAAGGAGGAAUGUUUUCUAGCCUGAUCCCUGAUCUGUUUGUGCUCAACAGCCAACAAUAUGGUUGUUGUCAUGGCCUGACAGCACAAACAGAUCCGGGACCAGGCUUGGUGUUUUUUACUGUGAUUCUUUAUGGGGAUCAGACUACGCAUGUCUUAGCUGGAGUUCCCACCGCUCUAUAUAGCUGCUCCACUUAAUUGCCUUGGUUCUGCUUUGCCGCCUUCUUCUCUGUCUUUGAUGUUAAUAAACGCAAACUUCUACCUGGAGAAAAUGACUGUAAUCACUAGAGUACACAGGGCUGAAUAUUAUAAUGUUAUUCUACAGCACUGAUAAUCUUUUUCAGUUUUGAUGUGAAACAAAAUCAAUAAAAUCACCCGAUGCUGUGUCACAUUGAAGCCGUGAAGCUUUUUCCUCUGUCCUUCUCAGCUUUUUUCCAUCAGGAAUGGACAUUGCUGUGAGUCUGAAACUCUACGUGGAUCGUAUCGGUUUUUGUAUGAAUUCUCCAGGGGGCUGUUCUAAGCAGAGAUACUGAGGGCUGCGCUACAGCGCGCUAGAUUUUUAACCCCCUUUCUCUCAUCAGUUUUAUUAAUUAAAGGGAGAGUAAACAAUCAUGACGUGUAAUAUGGCCAGCUGGGCCAUGUUCAGUUGCCAAACGUUCUCGAACAGUUGCAGAUAGAAAUGCCAUGAAUAGAGCCGAUGUGAUUCCUUAUUCUACAUGUUAGAGAGGCAUGUUUGUUCCACAUAGCUAUUUCUAUCUGAACGUUCCAAAACGUUGCGUCCUGCUAAUCGCGCCCCUGGUCUUUACAACAUAAUAAACUCGCAUUGUACUGUUCAGUACCUUUUAGGGUACAUGUGCAGAUAACCUAGUAUAAUGGUACAUUUUUGUACCCUAUAUUUUGAAUAUAAAAUAUACAAUCAUCACACUCUACUGUGAAGCUACAUUUCAGAUUUUUCGAGGAUACAAACCUACUGUAUUUUGUGUACCCUCAAUACCCACCAUAAGGUACAAUGAUGAAUUUUUGCCACUUAAAAGGAACUAAUGGCUUUGUCACUGUGGUCAUACCGUAAAAGUCAAAUUUGUACUAUAAUCAUUA